AUGUCUCGCAACCGCCUUCAGAUACCCCCAGGGGCCAGCAUAACUGUUAGACUCAUCAACCCCGUCAAUUUUGGCCCUAGCCGGCUAGAGCGGUUCAUGGCGCCCAAGGUCCCGGGACUCGAGGGCCAUGCACAAACUCCAGCGCUCUCAUUCCUACUUGAACACAGCUCCGGUCGCAAGCUGGUUUUUGACCUGGGCAUCCGCAAGGAUUACCAGAACUACGCGCCCAAGAUUGCGGAGUAUAUCCCGACGACGGGGUACAAGAUCGAAGUGGAGAAGAAUGUGGUGGAUACGCUGAAGGAGCAUGGAGUGGCUGUAGAGGAUAUUGAGGGGGUGGUUUGGAGUCACUGGCAUUGGGACCAUAUAGGGGACCCAUCUACGUUCCCUCCAAGUACUGACUUGAUUGUCGGGCCUGGAUUCAAGGACGCUAUGCUCCCGGGCUACCCAGCGAACCCUGACUCACCCAUCCUUGAGAGCGAUUAUACCGGGCGCACCCUCCGCGAGAUCACCUUCGACGCGCAAAUGUUACGAAUCGGCCAAUUCGGAGCUAUAGACUACUUCGACGAUGGAUCCUUCUACCUCCUUGAUAGUCCGGGUCAUGCGAUUGGGCAUCUCUGCGGACUCGCACGUACAACAGUGAACCCAGACACGUUCAUCCUUCUCGGUGGUGAUAUUGCGCACUACGCAGGGAUAUUCCGACCAUCCGUGCAUCUGCCUCUACCGAGCACUAUACCACUUUGUCCUGGCCCAUUGCAUACAGUAGAGGCAGGAUUCUGUCCCGGGGCUGCUUGGGAAGAACUCCAAUCAAGCCGAGGCCGAAAGACGACGGACAGUCUGUUUGACCCGACGUUUGGGUAUGACGUCCCGCUGGCGAUGGAGACGAUCAGAAAGUUACAAGAAGUUGAUUGCGACGAGGACGUGUUUGUGAUCAUUGCACAUGACGGUGCUGUUAGAGACGGAGUGCCUCAUUUCCCGGCGGCCCUGAACCAGUGGAAGGAGAAUGGGUGGGCGAGAAGUCUUAGAUGGGCGUUCCUAAAAGACCUUGAAGGAUAUUGGAGGCAGAAGGGAUUGAUAGAGUAA